GCUUGCCACCAAUACGACUGUGCAACCAUGGCACAAACAAUCGUCUAUCGCCAGCUGUCCAAAACGCACCGUGAAAUUCGCCUCUUGCGUGUUAAUGCCAGACCGGGCAGCGAUGGUGGGAAUGGCCCUCUGGAGUGUUUACUAGAGCAUACGUCAUUGGAUGCACAAGUACCUAAGCCGUAUGCUGCGAUAUCAUAUUUCUGGGGCACGAGUACGGAUGAAGAGAUUGUCAAGGUUGACGGCAGAGAGGCGAAAGUGCCAAAGAGCGCUGCUUCCACUUUGCACAAUUUAGCACAAGUUGGAACGGAUGAACAUUUUUGGAUUGAUGCAAUCUGCAUUAACCAGCAGGACGCGGCCGAAAAAGGUCACCAGGUUGCCAUCAUGAAAGAUAUUUAUUCGCAUGCGCGCGAAGUGCGGGUUUGGCUGGGUCACCUGGAUUCGGACGUCACCAUCAGCGCCAUUGCCUCGGCCCAUCGCGUAUAUGAUCAUUGCCUAGAGGAGACCAAUAACUUGGAGGACUAUGAUUUGCAUCUAUAUGGUCCCGACCGAUCAUCUUACAGAUACGCAGAUGCGCCUUUGCCAGCUGAUUGUGACUGGAAGGCGCUGCAGGCUCUAUACUCGUUCCCCUGGUUCACCCGACUGUGGGUGGUGCAGGAGGUCGGAUUGGCCAGAAUGGCCACUUGUUACAUCGACCAGCACACGAUCGCUGCAGAAAUACUUAUACAGGCUGCGAACUGGAUGGUGCACCGGUGUUAUCAAAAGUACUAUGAAGGUGCUUGGAUCGAGGGCAUCGAAAAUGCCUCCUCUAUGCAUCGUCCCAUCGGCGCGCCCCUGAGCGGACUGGUCCGGCGAAUGCGCUCGAAGCGUUGCAAAGACCCGCGAGAUCGAGUCUAUAGCAUACUUGGCCUAUCAAGUCCCCAUUUUGCCAAUCGCAUUGUACCGGAUUAUACGAUCCCGCACGUUGCGGUAUAUGCGCAUGCGCUCCGGCUUGCGUUCGAGGAGGAUGGGGGUCUCCAAGUACUGCACUUCCUCGCAUGGUGGGUUGAGAAGCCCACCAAGAGAAGAGCAUUGAUGCGACUAAGUGAAAAUUUUCGAAAGAUGCUGUGUCUAUCGAGAGGGACUGUAGAAUCUCAGAGGUGGCCCUCGUGGGUCUUGAAGUUGCAUGCGAGCACUGAUAGUGCUUAUGGGUCCUGCCUGAACACUCAGGUAUUUGAGAAGUCGGACUGGUCAUUCCAGACGAGGUCAUUGAGCGACCCAUUUGUGCUGAGCGUUAAAGGACUGAUUGUCACCCAUGUAACCUAUACCUGUGAAGUAUUCUCGUCAGAGACUCUCGGGAUCGGCAAAAGGCUGGCACCUCUCAUUCUGCGGUGUGUGAAGCAGACCAACAAGCUGUGUCACAAGCACGGUAACUCGGUAGCCCAAGAUGACCUGAAGUUGACAUUUAUCUGCGGUAUAAAUGGACUUUGCCUCGACCUUGACGCUGACGAGACCCUCGCCUCAGAGUACCAGGAGUUUGUUGAUUGGUGCAAAUCAGCGUCAGAAAGUGGCAGGGAGCAACUAUCUCCAAGUUACCUGAAUAACAUGGGCCGCUCAUUAAACCGCCGAUUUUUCACAACAGCCAAUGGAUUGAUUGGAAUGGGCGUGCCUAACACCCAGGCUGGUGACUAUCUCUGCAUCCUUUCCGGAAGCCCUAGAUGCUUUGUAAUGAGACAGGAAGGCUCUCAUUGGAAGAUUAUUGGAGAUGCAUAUUCUCGCAGGCUUAUGAAGAGGGUGUACAUGGACAAAAUCAUAAAUCGAAACGAGUGGGAGGAACAAAGUCAAUGGUUCGACAUCUGGUAGGUCGUUAACACAGAAGCAGCGUUUGACACCGUUCUAUCAGAAUUGGGAAGCCCUUCACUUGACCCGGAGGGUCUCUUAUCACGCAGAUGUAGG